CAGCAGCACCACACUGCAGCACAGCGACAGCAUCAGCCGCGGCGGCAUAGCGUUUCAGACGGUCGUGCGACUCAAGACAAUGCGGAGGCGGUGGUAGAGUGUGUGAAGACGCGCGUCGCGGCCGUGUGUGUAUAACGCUGUACUCGUAUACGAGAACUCGAUCCCGCUGUGCAGUUGCUGCCUCGUUUUCUACUUUUCCAUAUACUUAAACCUCCGAUUAAACACGCGUAGCUAACGCUAUAUAAUGGGCGAAAGGAUCGCAUCCACGGCCAAAGGAUAAAAGGAAAGAAAGUAUAGCGCAACGCGCCGAGUGAAGCCAGCAUCGGAGCGCUGUGUAUAUAUACCUAUAUACCUACAGUCAGUGUCGGAAGAAACGCUGCUCCAGAGAGAGAGAGAGAGAGAGAGAGAGAGUGAAAAAAAUGACGUUCUCGCUGAUGAUGGCAGCCACCGCGAGUGGAACGCGCGAGUCUUCCGCAAAGUCCUGAGGACCUCGGCUCCGAGAGUCGUAUACGCGAUCUGUGGGUAUAUUGUAAAUACACAGAGAGAGAGAGAGAGAGACGAGUGACUGUGCAUACACAGGGAUUUUUUUCGCUCGCCGGUGCACAAAGGAAUACAAGAGAUACACGAGAGAUCAGUGCGCGCGGAGUUGUGUGAGGUAGAUAGUGCUCGAUUGAUGGGGAGCGAAUGAGAGUAGAAGGAGGCUCGCGAGAACAGCGCCGCCGGAUUAUCACCAGGACGACGAGGCUGCCGCUGCAGCGAUGGAACAGCCGACACGCCGCCUCCGGCUCCUCGCCCUGCUCCUGCUGACGAUCGCUGCACAGCUAGCUCGCGCUGGUGCGCCUGGUCUGCAGUUCAGCCAUGAGCCGGAGGACCUCGUGCUGGAGCUUGGAAAAUCCGCAAGGCUUGAUUGCGAGGCCAAAAUCGAGGCGACACCUGGUGGACUCUUGCAGGAUCUGCCUGUGAUUACCUGGAGGACCGAGGAUGGACAGCCCAUCAACUUUAUUGGGGAUAAGUAUCGGAGCCAGCUGGAGAACGGCUCACUGUACAUCAGCGCGGCGAACCAGGAGUCGAUAGGCAGCUACCAGUGUGUCGCCUCCAUCGAGAACGUCGGGGCCAUCGCUUCCAGGACUGCCGUUGUUAAACUCGCCAGUUUGCCGGGUUUCGAUCGAGAGCCGCAGGACACGAUGGUCUACCCUGGGCAAAUAGCCUAUUUGAGCUGCAAAUUAGCCACCAGCGACCAGGUGAAUAUACAGUGGCUCAAGGACGAGCAGCCGCUGCUCCUGGACGAGAGCCGGAUGACUAUCCUACCGUCAGGAGCUCUGGAAAUCGACGAAGUCCUCCCCGGAGACGUGGGCUCCUAUCGGUGCAACGCCAGCGGCUUCGGACAGUACAGGCUCAGCACCAAGGCCCAGCUCGCCCUGCAGACCAGCGAUAUCGGCGAGGGCGAGAGUAUGCCGGUGUUCGUGGCGAAGCCCUUCAAUCAGGUCGCCAUCGAGAAGUCGACGAUCACGCUGGAGUGCGCGGCGAACGGCAACCCCAAGCCCGAGGUCUACUGGCUGAAGGACGGCACGUCCAUCGACCUCGCUUCCCUGGACUCCAGAUACCAGACAGUCGCGGCUUCCAGCCUGAUGAUCAAAGACGUGACGGAGGAGGACAACGGCUCUUACCAGUGCCGAGCCAAGAACGACAUAGACACCCUCGACGCGGUAGCCGAAGUCGUCGUUCAAGUGCCGCCACGUUUCAUCAAGCGACCGCAGGACAAGGAGGCCAGCGAACACCAGGAGCUGGAAUUCGAGUGCGAGAUCUACGGGAAACCACCGCCCUUGAUAACCUGGCUCAAGAACGGCGAGGUUAUCAAGCUCAGCAAUUACUGGCAGCUCACCAACGGAUACAAUCUCAAGAUAAACGGCCUGCUGAACAUAGACGCGGGGAUCUUUCAGUGCAUGGGCACGAACCCGGCCGGUAGCGUGCAAGCUUCGGCUCGUCUCACCAUUCAUCAGCCUAAAAAAGAGCGCAAGGGUCCAGGACGGCACCGAUCGGCGAACGGCAAGCCCGUCUGCAAGAAGCGCUUGUCGCACAAGGUGCUCUCGAACAGCACGUGGCAGCACCCGAGCACUUUGCUCGGGCACACAUCGUCGGCUUACACGCCGAAUCCACCCUUGUCGAUCAGUCCCUCGGACGAUCCGGCCGAUUUGCUCAGCGGACCCUUCGCUCGUCUGCCUGUCUCUUCGUUCAAGGAUGACGAGUUACCCUACGAUCCUCCCUACGAUCCCGUCGCUGCUGCUGCUGUUUCAGAUUCUCUGGAUGGAUCGGGAGGCUUGGGCGAGGCUGGCACUCUACCCUUGGCUCCGAGGAAUUUGAGCAUCGGACUGGUCAACAGCAGAUUCGUCGCGCUCAGAUGGCAGGAGCCCGAGAUCACCAGUGGCGAGAUCUCCAACUAUCUGAUUUACUACAAGCAAGAGGGAUUCGAGAGGGAGAGAAUAGAGCGCACGCCUCGCGAGGAGACGACGGUGACGAUUAGCGGACUGCAGCCGGGCACGACCUAUCUGUUCCGCGCCGUCGCCAAUGUCUCCAAUGUGCUCAGCGCCUCCAGCAAGGUCUUGGAGCUGACUACUGAAUCUGAGCCGAACGUACCGAGUCAUCCAUUGAAUCUCCGGGGAUGGCCGACGAGCAGUCAGAGCAUAAUGCUGAGUUGGGAGGAACCCACCACGACUAAUGGCCGGAUCUCGGGUUACCUCAUCACGUAUGCCGAGGGAGACUACGAGGAACUGAAUAGGAACACGACUAAUACGUCGUACGAGCUGACCGGACUCAAGCCUUACAGGGAGUACAACAUUUGGGUGCAGGCUAUUAAUGAUAAUGGACCGGGAGCCUCGACCAGCGAGAUCAGGGUCAGAACUUUCGGUGACGUGCCCAGUAAUCCGCCGAACGUCACCAUCGAAGCAGGUGGAGCUACGAGCAUCGUAAUCCGCUGGGAACCACCGUCCGAGGGUCAAAACGGCAUCAUCACCGGCUACAAGAUCCGUUACCGACCCACGGAUCGUCGAAUACAUUCCUCGCUCAUAACCACCGACGGCAACGCGCGCUAUUAUGUCCUCAACAGACUGCAAAAGAAUAUCUCCUAUCAGGUGCGAGUCUGUGCUUUCAAUGUCAACGGUACCGGACCCACAGGAUGUUCCGAAUGGCAAGAGGUCGAGACAUACGAGAAUGACUUGUCGGAGAGCGACGUGCCGAGUGCGCCUACUAAUCUGAAAACCAACCCCAUGUCGGAUUCGAUAGACGUACGGUGGGGACCGCCGAAAAAUCAAAGCAUCAAAGUAAGAGGCUACGUUCUUACUUGGGGUAAAGGCAUUCCCGACGAAUAUAAGAAAGUACUGGAUGGCAAGCAACGUUAUUAUCAAAUUGAUAAUUUGGAGCCCAAUUCCGACUACGUAAUAACGUUGAGAGCAAAGAACGAGGCUGGCGAAGGUUUGCAAGUUUAUGAAAAUGUCAGAACGACUGAAAAAACGUCAGCCGAAAGCGCUGCUCCGUUAACACCUCCAGUUGGUUUGAAAACUGUUGUAAUGUCGUCUAGCACUGUUGUACUACACUGGACAGAUUCGAAAAAUCAACACGUGACGGAUAAUCGUUAUUACAUUGUUCGUUAUACCUCGUACCAUCGCAGCAGCAAUCAGCGAUAUAAGUAUUACAACACGACCGACCUGAAUUGCAUGAUCCACGACUUGAAGCCAAAUACGGAGUAUGAAUUCACCGUGAAGGUUGUAAAAGGUCGACGAGAGUCGCCGUGGAGUAUGGUAGUCAUGAACAAGACGCUGGAGGCAAAACCAAGUUCACCACCUCGGGAUUUGACCGUUCAAAGUAUCGAUGAGUAUCCGAAGUCUGUUCUACUCCGGUGGUUACCGCCUAAAUUGUCGAACGGCGAUAUUAACGGUUAUAUAAUACGGUACACGACGGAUAACAAUAAGGACGAAAGAGACUGGAAAACUGAGGCAUUCGUCGGUGACAAGACGGAAUUUGUUUUGCCGGCUGAACUCCAACCUAGCACAACUUAUUAUUUCAAGAUAGGAGCUCGUAACGCCAAGGGCUAUGGACCUUUCUCUUCAACUGUACCGUAUAGAACUCUGAAAAGUAGCGGCGGAUUAUCACACAUGUUGAUCUACAUAAUUGUCGGAUGCUCGGUUUUGGUUUUGACCGGCGUGUCUGUUGUGUUUGUUUUUGUUUGUUGUCGACGGAGUCCAGAUUCUCCAGAUGGAAAGAAAGGAUAUUUGAAGGAUACAAAUAUAAAAACAAAUAUCAAACCUCCGGAUCUAUGGAUUCAUCAUGAUCAAAUGGAAUUGAAAGCACUGGAAAAGACUUUGGGAAAUGGCGAAGCUUCGACUAGUGCAAUAACGAGUAAUACUUUACCUAGAUCGGGAAAUUCCGAGUACAAUCAAGAGAGUGCUCAUGGAAACUCUGGUUCUUUGGAUAAGCGAACUUAUAUACCAAGUUAUAUGGGCAACAAUGAAGAUAAAUGCUCUACGUUGAGCAGACAACACAGUCGGGGGAGCCAUAAACCUAAACUCAUUACACUUCCAGUUGACAGUGCACCAUUACACCAGCCAAUUGCCACAGCCACACCAAUCGUCAACAGUAGCAUGUCACAACAAACUAUUCAUAGCUCGUGUUCCGACGUGCCGUCCAUACGGCAAAAUUAUCCUCGAAGUGUAGCUCAGUACAGCUUGAGUAGGGCGCAUAUAACACUGGAACCAACACCUGAAUCGAGUCCAGAUUCAUGCAAUUUGACUAGCACAUACGAAGCGCUUCAGACCCAGCUGUACACCUCAGGAGGACCACAGUCAUACAACGCAACUUCGCAGUAUGCUCCGAAUUCAUACGGGGAAAGUGGUCAGCCGGCAAAUAGUACGACAAAUUCUGAGAGUAAUGGCGGAGCUAAAAGACUUCAAGGACACCCACUUAAGAGUUUUAGUGUUCCCGCACCACCUCCGCAAUCCGCACCUUCAACACCAGCACAACAGAAACACGGAGUUUCCCAAGUUACGGUCAGACCUACGAUAUCUGGAAGCCCUUACAAAAAAGCAAGUGGUUCCAGUCAAUUGAUAAAGAAUAGAUUAGCUUCCGUAGCAAAUGCAAAUCAUACUCCAGAAGAAAUUGAACGAUUAAAGCCCUCUUACAGUACCGAAGAACUGAAUCAAGAGAUGGCGAAUCUAGAAGGACUCAUGAAAGACUUGAACGCCAUAACUGCAUCCGAGUUUGAAUGCUAAGAGUGAAUUCCUAUAAAGCACGUGCCAUCCCCAUAACCGGAUAGACUGCAUACAUGCAAACCGUUUAUUUUAUUGCAAAUAACGGUUAACAGUUGAAAGAACUAGAGUGAUCAACAAAUGAACAAACGGCUUGCAAAAGAUCGAGUUCUGCUUUUAUUUUGAGCAUCUUGCACGAAAAAACUUUCGCUCAAGUCGUUUUCUAUCAACUCUUCGCUGGCAUGGCAAAGAAGCAUUGAAUUUUACAUUAAACAAAGAAUUGGCUUGCCCGCAAAAGAAACCUAGAUAGCCAAAAGCUAAUUUAUGUAUAUGCACACAGAGAAUUCAAGCGUGAUGUUUUCUUUGUAAUUAUGUGCUUGAUUAGUUAUAUAGAACCUUUUUUAUAACACAAACGUGAUGUUAUUGCAGCUAAGCGCAAGUGCGCAUUGACAUGACCAGUUUUUAAGGAUAUUAACAAAUCUUCUCGAUCCCUUUUCAAGAUUAUUUCUUCAUUAAAAGAAGAUGGAAAUAAAUAAUCAUCAUUUAAAAACGCUGAAUCGGACCUACAAAUAAAAUAAAUGUGUAAAUGUAUAAAGAUUUUGCGUUAGAAAAACGGAUACUUGAUCAUCUUGUAAACUAAAAGACUAUUUUGUACGUAAGCUGCAAACUGCUGUUUGAACAGUUUCAAAGUAUCGUUUUCAUCGAGAAACGUGCAAAAAAUAUCUUCAUGAUAUUUUUUUUUUUGUAAGCUCGUUUAUUUUUUUACAAAAAAAUAUGUGCAGAGCGAUAGCAAGUAAUUGCGAAAUAAAAGACUCGGAUGUAUUCUGUUUGGAAUUCGAAUCCAGAAGUAGAAAUGAGAUUAGAAGAAAAGAACGUUUAACGGCCUUAAAAAGUUAUGAUACGUACUGUUAAGCUGCUUCGCUUUUUAAAGAUAUAUUUGAAGCAACUCGGCCGAAAAAUUCCGUUAUAAAUAAUGUACUUCUUUUCACAUUAAAGUUAGUCGUAUAGUAUUAUGAUCUCAUUUGGUGAAAAAAAUAAUUGUUUCUUAGAGAAAUAGUAUCGUCCGUUCCAAUCGACGAUUAUCAAGAAUGAAUGUAAAAAAAGAUAGGCCGCUUGAUCGUAUGGAACUACGUAUGUAGAUUUGAUUUGAGGAAGUUUGGUUUCACUGUAAAAUAAUUGUGUAUCAUAAUAGAAAAAAAGAAACCAAACUUUAGUGAGUUAAGUAUUAUUAACAAAUAACCGCGCACAAUUUUUUUCUUUGAUUCGUAUAAGUGUAAGAUGUAGUUUUAUGCAUGAGAAAGAUCUGUAUUAGUUACUAUCAAGAAUUUUCUUUAUUCUAUAUAAUGUCGCGUUUUUACAGAAACUUUUAUGUAUCGACAUGAUGAUAAGGAAAGUUUGUAUAAUUAUAUGAAAUUUAUUUGUAUAUAUAUCUAAACAAAAUAAGUGUAGUUUUAUACAUGAUUGUUUGAGAGCUGUCAAUUAUUAAAAAUAACACGAAAAAAUGUUUUAGUUGAAAUCUAAAAUGAAUGAAAGUUUAUAUUGCAUUUUGUCAUAUUGUAUAAAUUUUACAAAAUCAUCUGGUUAUAUUAUUUGUAUGCUAGAUCAAAGUUAUACAUCUUGAUAUCUGAUUUUAUAAAAGAAAUAGUUUAUUAUAUAUGCAAAUAGAAUGUAUAAUUAUGUAAAAUUCUUUUUUACGUAAGUAUUUUUUACGACAGACUUGAAUGAAACUGUAUUUAUAUCAAAAAGCCAAUUGACUGCCAUCUUGCAAAUGCAUAUCCACCGAGGAACAACGCAAUAUGCAUGAAUCACUUUUUCAUCAUUUAAUCGGAUAAUAAACUUUGUAAUAUCAUUAUAGGAUAAUAACGUAAUUUAUACAUUUUUACCCUUUUAACUCUUUAUAUUUUAUUGAAAAAUUUUAUACCUGAGAGAACAACUUGUACAUAUUUACAGUAACGAGGGUCUGAAAACCGUGACGAAUACAAAAGAAUAUUAAAAUAUUCCCGAUUAGCGUAAAGCACAUAUGGACAUGUCGCGUAUACACAAACGAGCAUUAUGCAAUAUUGUAUACUCGUGCCUAAACAAGACUGUUCGUUUUUUACAAACAUCGAGUGCCACCGCUUGCAUUCUCUUAUAUAAUAACCAUUACGAAAAAUAGAAAUCAAAGUUUUUCUGAGCUGACACGGUUCGCAGGUAUUUGAAAAGAGGAUUGACGAUGGAAUUGUUAUUUGUAACAAGUGCUUCCUAUUUCUAUAGAAGACUUACAAUUUGCUAAAACUUUCAGGAAUGAGCGUUCUUUUUAUAAAAAAUACAGUAGAACUUUCUCUUUAUUAAAUUUAAAAAUCAGUCUGAAAUAUCCACUUCUGAGUGCCUAAUAUACUUAUGAAAGUAUUCAUAAAAGCCAUUUUGCGCUCGCACAAAAAUUAAAUGAAAAGACUGAGAGCAAAAUUAAUCAUUCUCUACGAACUGUGGCAGUGAAAGAAAGCAGCUUGUAAAUGAAAAAUGUUUAAUGCAUUUAAUAAAAAGGAAAAACAAUGAAGUAUAAUAUAACUGUUGAAAUGAGAAGUAAAGAGCCACGCGCGUUUCAUACGACGGGCCUACAAAACGUACAGGCCUAUAUUUUACCACAAAAGUAUAAUUUAGUCUAGCUACAUAUUUAUCUAUAUACAAUUAACAUUAUUUAUUGGUUCAAUAAGUAUGCUGAGAGCAGCUAAGCAUUGCGAAUGUUCGUAAAAAUGUAAAGAGGCCGUCUGCUUGAUAGUAACACACUGCUAUGCACAAAAAAAAGAAAGAAUAUUUAACAUAAAGAAAGCUCAUUCGCAUCAACGAACAAAAUAUGUCCCCGUUAUUCCCUUCCACGACUCGACGUUUAAUAAACAAAGACUUGAGGCAAAUCGUGGUUUAUAUACUAAUGUAAAUAAAAUGAGAACGCACCAUUUUAUAAGUAAUCGAUUAUUUAUAUACAUAUAUAUAGUCACUUUUAAUAUAAUUAUUAUAUUUGUAAAAUAUACAAUACGGCCCGAGAACAUUCAUUAAAAAAAUCGUGUGUGAUAAUAUUUGUAAAACUUGAUAUCUAAUAAACCAUCUUAUGUUCUGUA